AUGUCUGACGUGUUAUUGGCCAAGAACAGGCUUCUUGUGAUUUCGUCUUCGGGCGCUUUUGCCAACUUCAACCCAUUGCAAUUGCAAGGUGUCUACGAUGAAUUAGAUACUUUCCUCACUGGUCACGGCGACAGCUUGGACUCCAUUGAAUUGUUUACUUUGUACGAAUUGCAGUUCUACUUGCUGGUUAUGACUAAUCACGACAUCAAAGCCAAAUCUAUCCUCGAUCGCUUGUUGGAUCAGUUUGGUUCUAACAAAAAGUCCCAGAGAAUCAAACUCCUACAGAGUAUAUAUCUAGAGGCAGUUGGCGAAAAGGCAGCUGCCACAAAGCUCUUGGAGCAGAAUAUGGACGAGACAUUGUUACUGCGUCGUUUGGUGACUUUUACUAGGAAUAAUGAAAACGAAGCUGACAACGAAGAGUAUAUUUCUACAUUGAACUUCUACCUAAAUCUACUGCCCUCGGAUUUGGUUGCAUGGGCAGAGUUGGCCCACGAGUACACGAGAUCAGGCCACUACGACAAAGCUGUUUUCUGCUAUAAGGAAAUCUUGCUCCAAGAACCACACGCUUAUCCCAUCUUCUAUCAGGUAGGUUUGAACUACUAUUACCAAUUCUUGCAAGAAGAACGUAACUUGAAAACUGACAAAAAGGAUAAAAUUGUAGAAAUGACCCAACUUUUGUCGUAUUCCAGAGAUAACUUCUUGCGGAGUAUCGAGAUAUGCGAUGUUUACUCCUUGUCGUGGGUUGGAUUGUAUGCUCUUACGGGAUUGAAGUUCAAUGACAAGUUGGCAAAGGUCAAAGAAGUCUCUGGUUAUUUGGCUAAAAAUGACAAAUUGAGAGAACUCAGUGAAAAGAAAAUCAAGCAGUUGUUGCCAGAGCAAGACUUGGCCGAAGUUUUGUUGCAAUUGAAGUAA